AUGGCUAUCGCUGUUCGGUUCGUCCGCCCAACUAUCCGCCAUUUCUCUGUCCGUCGCCCACAACCAGACACUCGCACCUCUCGAUUUGUCACCACUUCGUGUCUCUUCUCCGCGGUGGUGCUGCCAUUUAUUCCUCCAGCCCUUGAGAGUUCUCGCGCUAAGAAUACGGACGGUCCCAAUUGCAAUAAGCCGCACCCGCCGCUCUGUUUUCAUGCCCGUUAA